AUGUCUUUCUUCUACUCAAUCAUCAAUAUUACCGACGAACCACAUAAUACAUUUAUUCGCACAUUAUGUUCGAAAAUUUUAUCUCAUCCUUACAGACAAAUAGAUUCCUCCUCUCUUUUGCAUUUAGGAUAUCAUUCUUAUAGUAAUAAUGAGUUUGACAAUUUGAUUCAAAAAACUUUUAAUUCAAAGAAAUUUAUUAAUCAUGAAAACUCUAUUUACAUCAAAUAUCAAAGGAAUACAUUAAAGACCAUUUUGCCAGUCUGUAAAAGAUGGUUUCAACCUCUUAAAAAUGAUUUAAAAAAUUUUAAUGAAACAAGAAGAGGAGAAUAUGAUGAAUAUUUUCCAAGGGAUAAUAGACUAAUUAAUAAAAUUGGUGAAAUUCAACCCGGGUUUAAUUAUCUUAUUGAUUUUGAUCAUGUAAAAGGCUGUGAGUUGAUUUUUGGAUCAGAUUAUGGGAUUUAUAUCUCUAUAACUACUCAAUCAAAUACAAGUUUUAGAAAUAAUGUUAGAUAUAGUGAGAUGCAAGAAGCUCAUCAACGCAAACAAUUUGCCGAAAAGAAAUAUUUAAAUAGCGCGAUUAGAGUACUUAAAGCUACUUAUACAAGAAAUCGACCACUUGAGUUUGAAGAUGAACAAGAUGAAAAAAUUGCUAGAUUAAUUGGGAAGGAUCAUGCUUUAUUAUUCUUUAAUAUUAAACAACAAUAA